CACAUUCAAGAAGAGCUUGCACUCCAGCGCAACGUUCAGUGAAGCACAGACGCACAGUCUCUCUCCUCGGGUCUCUUUCGAAACAUUUGGUGGAGCCAAACAAAAAAUAAGCAGCCAUGGAUGCCAUCAAGAAGAAGAUGCAGAUGCUCAAGCUCGACAAGGAGAAUGCCUUGGACAGAGCUGAGGGAGCCGAGGGAGACAAGAAGGCAGCAGAGGACAAGAGCAAACAGUUAGAGGAUGAAAUAAGUGAAUUGGAAAAGAAAUUACGGAUCACCGAAGAUGAACGUGAUAAAGUGCUUGAUGAGUUCCAAGCCGCCGAGGAAAAGUUUCUGAACGCCGAGGAGGUGGCCACCAAGCUCGAGGAUGACUUGGUAGCUCUGCAGAAGAAGCUGAAGGGAACAGAGGAUGAGUUGGACAAGUACUCCGAGUCUCUUAAGGAUGCCCAGGAGAAACUUGAGGUGGCUGAGAAGACAGCCACGGACGCUGAGGCCGAUGUCGCUUCCCUUAACAGACGUAUCCAGCUGGUUGAGGAGGAGUUGGAUCGUGCUCAGGAGCGUCUGGCAACUGCCCUGACCAAGCUGGAGGAGGCUGAGAAGGCGGCUGACGAGUCCGAGAGAGGCAUGAAGGUCAUUGAGAACAGGGCCUCCAAGGAUGAGGAGAAGAUGGAGCUGCAGGAUAUCCAGCUGAAGGAGGCCAAGCACAUCGCUGAGGAGGCUGACCGCAAAUACGAGGAGGUUGCCCGUAAGCUGGUCAUCAUUGAGAGUGAUCUGGAACGUACAGAAGAGCGCGCCGAGCUUUCAGAAGGCAAAUGCUCUGAGCUUGAGGAAGAGUUGAAAACUGUGACCAACAACCUGAAGUCACUGGAGGCCCAGGCUGAGAAGUACUCACAGAAGGAGGACAAGUACGAGGAGGAGAUCAAGGUCCUCACUGACAAGCUGAAGGAGGCUGAGACUCGUGCUGAGUUCGCUGAGAGAUCAGUAGCCAAACUUGAGAAGACCAUCGACGACUUGGAAGAGAAACUGGCACAUGCUAAAGAAGAGAACCUCGAUAUGCACCAGAUGCUGGACCAGACUCUAAUGGAACUAAAUAACAUGUGAAAGCCUGGUUUACACACUGGUUUGGGCUUUCUGUAUUUGUACCUCGCAUGCCAUGAACCCUCCUUCCAUUCCAUGCCCAUGUUGAGGAACACAAACCGAUGCUUUUCCUUUUGCACCAUCCUGCUUUCAGUGGAACUCAACAAGGAAGGUACAGCAUUUCCUUCAUGAAACCCAAAAUGAGAAACACUUCUAUUUUUGCCAGCUGAUUGUAUAAUGUCAGCAUUUUGUAAUCAUUGAGUUUAGUUUAUUUUUGACAAGUUAUCAGGUGAAAUUACGUGCCAUUUGCUACGAAGGUUAUUUUUAUCUGCAUUUGAUAGAUUGAAGGGGAUGAAUCUGGCACAAACUCAUUUCACCCUGGUUAUGCACAUACCUUACAUUUCAAUCAAAGACAAAGUGGAAAAAUGUUUCACUUAAUUCAACUUCAACGUACGUACAGAAUUAGUAGUGUAGGAGAACAUGAUUUUAGUUUUUGAAGACUUUUGUAUUAAACUUUCCUCAAGUAUACAUUGGAUAAGCCUGUCCACAUGUAUAUUGGUGCUGUGUUAGGGGGUUGUUCCACCAAUUCGGUGCCUUUUUGAGAAGUGUUUCUUGAUUUCACCUAAUUGAAACAUUCUGUCAUCAAGAGCACAUUCAUGUUCAACGUUUUCCCAUCUCAAGACGGGGGAAAAAUACUAUAAGUGUCAAAUAAAGUAACGGUUGGUCAGACUGUAACAGGGUUGGUCAGACUGUAACAGGGUUGGUCAGACUGUAACAGGGUUGGUCAGACUAAUCUUAAAUCCCCUUGUGACAUGGGGAAUAGAAGUUUGUGUGCAACAGGGAGUGGUAAUUGAAGCCUGUAUCUAUGGGUAACAGAGUUGACAUGUUAUGCUCGACCCACUCUGUUUUCCGAUUUGACUAUUAGAUACAUUGUUUUCGAAAGGAAUAGUUUUAAAGAAACAAAAUGAUGGGAACUGUAAAGACAUUUUAGGGUUAAAUGGGGUCAAAUCUUCCUAGAGGAUUUUGGCACUUUAGCAAGUAUUUAUUCUAUAAAAAAAUCUGAUUUAUUGAAUUCUCCAUGUUUAUUAAAUGGCACGUCCUUUUAAUAUAAACUGCUUUUCAAAUUCAGUAUUGGUGCACAAUUUCUACUUAAUAUAUCAGAGGGAUACAAAAAGCCCUUUUUGUGGAACAACCCUAGGACAUUUUAGGAAAGGCCAAAAUUAAUUUUGUUUAAUUUUUUGGCCUAUAUCAAUCCAUGGCUAGAAAGGGAUCUACUUACACUCCAGAAGUAUAUUUGUUUUUCUUUUCAUCCUUAAACUCAUUAUAAAAUCUCUAUGGCAACAUUCUUGCUAAAUGCAUUCCUGUUCUUUUUUGUUUUGUUUAAACCAUGGUUCGAAACAACAUUUUUGUAUUGUCUAGAAAUAUUAUUUGAAUCAUGUGGGUCUGCCUCACUUUGUUUCACUAUUGUUUUAUGAAAUUAGAUGUUUUAAAUGUAAAAAAAAAAAAUUGUGAAUAAAAUUGCACAGUUUGA